GAGAGCUGCGCGCUGCUGGAGGGCUGCGCUGCAGUGCCGCUGUUUCCGUGGAAAGGACGCCCCGGAGCUCUCGCGUCUGGAGCUCUGCUGCUCCGGGUCCGGCCGGCCCGGCUGGGAGGCAGCUGCUCCCGACGAAUGAGCGUUAGUCCUGUGCUGCGGGUUUAAAUAAUCCUUUGGAGCACUGCUGAGAGCGCCAGAGGCUUUGGCAGACAGGAAAAACGACCAAAGAGGAUGAACAAGCUGCAGAGACUGCUUCAGAACAAGAACCUGAUCCUGACAGUGUGUGCUGCUGGGAUUGGAGGCACUUUCCAGUAUGGUUACAACAUCUCCAUCAUCAAUGCUCCAACUUCAUACAUCCAGACGUUCAUGAACAAAACGUGGUUGGAGCGCACGGGUGCUCCCCUGGAGAGUGGCAUGGUCUUGCUGCUGUGGUCCUUCACCGUGUCCGUGUACCCCCUGGGAGGUCUUGCAGGGGCUGUUGCUGCCGGCCCCAUGGCCAUUGUGUUGGGAAGGAAGAUGUCCCUGCUGGUGAACAACGUCUUUGUGAUCAUAGCCGCAGUCUUGUCAGGAUUCAGUCAGAUGGCGAAAUCCUUCGAAAUGAUUAUGCUCAGCAGGUUCCUUACUGGUGUGAAUGCAGGUGUAAGCAUGAACAUUCAGCCCAUGUAUCUGGCAGAAAGUGCCCCAAAGAAGCUCCGAGGGGCUGUGGCCUUGACCUCUGCAUCCUUUACAGCCCUGGGACUGGUGCUGGGCCAAGUUGUUGGACUCAGGGAGCUUCUAGGAGGGGAGGAAAGCUGGCCAUUCCUUUUAGCCAGCAAUGCUGUGCCUGCCCUGAUCCAGCUCAUGGUUCUGCCGUGGUUUCCUGAAAGUCCCAGAUACCUCUUGAUUGACCGUGGAGACAGAGAAUCCUGCAUCUCUGCACUGAAGAAGCUCAGAGGCAGCAGCGACCUGGGAGAGGAGCUGGAGGAGAUGCUGGCUGAACAGGCUGCUGCUAAAGGUCAGAGAGCGAAGAAGCCCUGGGAGCUGAUCCGAAACCCAGCAGUGAGGUGGCAGCUGAUGAGCAUCAUUGUGCUGAGCAGUGCCAUGCAGCUCUGCGGGAACGAUUCGAUGUACUUUUAUGCAGCUUAUGUGUUCCAGGAGGCUGGAAUUCCUCAGGACAAAAUCCCAUAUGUUGUCAUCGGCACAGGGAGCUGUGAACUGAUCACGUCUGUUACUUGUAACAUGAUUAUAGACUAUGCUGGCCGGAGGCCACUGCUGCUGGGGGGAUACAUCCUCAUGGCAGGAUGGGCCACUGUCUUCAUGGUCGCUCUGAGCCAGCAGACUCAGAUUAGCUGGAUGCCUUACCUCAGCAUGGCCUGCAUUUUCGCCUAUAUCCUGAGCUUUGGAAUUGGACCAGCUGGUGUAACAGGAGUUCUGCCCACAGAGAUUUUUGAUCAAAUGUCUCGACCAGCUGCUUACAUGAUCUGUGGGUCUCUGCUCUGGUUCAAUCUCUUUCUGGUCGGAACAGCGUUUCCAUUCAUUGUGAAAAAUCUAGCACAUUUCUGCUACGUCCCAUUCCUUGUGGUUUGCAUCUGCACUGCUCUCUACAUUGGGUUCUUCCUUCCUGAGACCAAGGGAAAGUCCUUCCUGGAAAUCUCGGAGGAGUUCAAGAAACGGAACUUCAGAGCUCAGAGCCGUAGAGCUUUCUAUAAAGGCCCUGAGGAGAUCAAGUCCACCACGCUGUACCUAACUAUUUUCCUGCUGCUUAAAAGCAAGAAAAUGAGCUACAAUCUCUUCCUCCUGGCUUUUGUCCUGGGCAUUGGUGGAACUUUCCAGUAUGGGUUGCAGAUCUCCAUUAUCAAUUCUCCUGCCGAGGAAAGAGAAGCAAAAAAAGAGGUGCAAUUAUCAGAAAAAACGUUGAGUCCAUUGGUUUCUGUUUUUCUUUUAAAGUACAUCAAAAGUUUCAUGCAUGAGGCCUGGCUGAAGAGAUAUGGAUCUUCUCCCAGUGAAGAGAUAAUUACUUUGAUGUGGUCCUUCGUUGUGUCCAUUUACACCAUCGGUGGGCUCCUGGGGUCCAUGUCUGUCAGAUACUUGUCUGUUAGAUUUGGAAGGAAGAAGUCCAUGCUGCUUGCCAACAUCCCUGCUCUGCUGAGCGCAGCUCUCAUGGCAUUCAGUCGGCUGUCUGGGUCCUUUGAGAUGAUCAUCAUUGGGAGAUUAUUAGCUGGAGUGUGUGGAGGUUUAGGUCUGAAUAUCCAUAUCAUGUAUGCUGGGGAAUGUGCCCCACAGAAGCUGCGUGGGGUGAUUGCCAUAACAGCUUCCACUGCCAUCGCUGUCGGAAAGUUUGCAGGAUUUGCUCUGGGUCUCAGAGAAGUUCUGGGAGUAGAAGCUCUGUGGCCCGUUCUCAUGGCAGCAAAUGCAAUUCCUGCCCUCAUUCAGCUCCUCACCCUCCCCUUCUUCCCAGACUCUCCCCGCUACCUGCUCAUUGACAAAAAGGACAAGGAGGGGUGCAUCAAAGCUGUGAAGCAGCUCUGGGGGGAUGGUGACCACAUGGCCGAAGUGGAUGAUAUGAUUGCAGAGCAAGAAGCCAUCCGUGGGGAGAAAUCUAAGAGUGUGUGUGAUCUUAUUCGUGACAAAUCUGUCCGCUGGCAGUUCAUCACUCUCCUUCUUGUCUCCUCAUGCAUGCAGCUAAUUGGAGUCAAUGUGGUUUACUUUUAUGCAUACAACGUCUUCUUAAAAGUUGGACUCUCCCCUGCCCAAACCCGCUAUGUCUCCCUGGGAAUUGGGAUCACCGAGAUCCUCACCACAGUUCUGUGUGUAAGUGGAUCUUCAGCUGAAUUUCAUUCUGCUGCAGUGCCUGUUUCAUUUCAACCUUUAGAAACUACUGCAAAUGGAGAUCCAGGAAUCAGCCUCCUUCAGCGAACCAACGGGAGUACUUUGUACUGGCAGCUGCCAAGCAGCCUGUCCACUCCUGGGAGACCUGUCCUGGGAGCUGACAGCAGGUGCUCCUGUUUGCAGGGCUUCCUCGUGGACCGUGCUGGGAGGAAGGCACUGCUAUGGAAAAGCUACGCUGCCAUGGCCCUAGCCUUAGGGCUUCUCACUGUCACACUUACUCUACAGGAUUCUUUCUCCUGGAUACCAUAUUGCUCCGCUGCACUCAUCUUCAUCUUCAUCAUGAGCUUUGGUCUUGGCCCAGCUGGAGUAUUAUGCCCCCUGCCCACAGAAAUAUUUAUUCAGUCAUACAGACCAGCUGCUUAUGUUUUUAAUGGUGCUUCAAACUGGAUCCAGCUCUUCUUUCUUGGACUUUUGUUCCCUUUCAUUGUGGAAGGCCUUGGUAGUUUUUGUUUCAUCAUUUUCCUGGCAUACUGUCUGUCCAUGGCUAUCUUUGUCUACCUGGUAGUUCCAGAGACCAAAGGAAAGACUAUUGUGCAGAUCAUGGAGGAGUUCAACCGUCUGAACUACCGCAGAAAGAAGGGACAGGCAGCCCUGCAGCAGAAUAACUGCUCACUGACGACUGUUACUAGACUUUAGUAACAAACUCUCCAGUCCAUAUUCUGUUCUUUUAUUACUGUAGUGCCCAGAAGCCUCACUAAGCAAAAGACGUUCCAUUGCUCCCAGACAGUAUAAAUGCAUAUUAAAAAGAAGUGGCCUGCUGUGCAGGGUGCAGGAUGAACUUGGUGGUUCUCUCCAACUGCUGAAAUAUGAACUGAAUUAAAUCCUCAGCACAAAAAAAAAAAA